CCCCCCCCCACCCGACGUUUUUCUCCCUGCUUUUAGACGUAUCCAAAGACCUACCCCUUUCUACCGCCGAAUAUACGCAUGUUGACUCCCAGCGGCAGAUUCGUUACGAAUGUCUCCAUCUGUUUCACCAUGUCGGACUUCCAUCCCGAAACAUGGAACCCUGCGUGGAAUAUGGUCACAGUGCUGCUCGGCAUCAGGUCGUUCAUGGAAGCCGAGCCCGGAACCACUGGAGGAUUUCCAUCCACUUCUGCAGCUAAGCAGAAGUUCGCCAAAGAGUCCACUGCAUACAACAGCAAGGAUGCCGUUUUUAAGAAGCUCUUCCCUUCGCUCUCG